AGCCUCCAGUCUUCUCUACCCAAUGUUAGAGUAAAACAAAAAUAUGCUGUGGCUUCUUACGGGUUCACAAAAUAACUUCUUGGUCACUACCAUUACUGGCUUACCUUUACAAUACAGUGCUGCGUUUUUUUUUUGUCCGGUGUCAAAAAGCCAGCGCUGCAGCGAUAGUUUUGCACAAACUUGGCAACACUACGGACUCACAGAUUGUCAACAAAGAUUCAGCUAUACGGAAAGCUAAACACUCCUGAUCAAAAUCCAAGAAACAGGCUAUGUGUUGGUGUUAGGGAUUUUAUCAAUAUAUUUUAUCAAUAAACCCAUUUCCUGCAGCUAGAGAGAGAAAAGGAGACAAUGAAGCAGACAUACAACCAAAAUUGCAAUUUUGUAGCAAGAGCACGAGGCAAAUGCCCCAAAUUCUUCUCAGAGUGUAUUUAUUACAAAAGAUAAGAAAGGAAUGAGAGUGGGUCAUGUGUGAGAGAGCGUGAGUGUGUGUGUGUAUGGGAGGUUACAAGAAUGUGUGUGUGUGUGUGUGUGUGUGUGUGUGUGUGUGUGUGUGUGUGUGUGUGUGUGUGUGUGUGUGUGUGUGUGUGUGUGUGUGUGUGUGUGUGUGUGUGUGUGUGUGUGUGUGUGUGUGUGUGUGCUUUCAGGACAUUCAGUUAAUAGAUUUGUUAAUAGGACUAAAGUAAUGAAAUAUAUAAUUUCCAUAACAGUUGGGUUGGAUGAUUUAAUGACGAAGUGUCGAACUGUUGACAAAAUCAGAAAUAGGAUAAGUAAAAAUGUUGCAACAUUAUAUGUAAUACAAACACGGCAGUAAAGCCAGACAUCCAUAAAACACAAACUUGAUAUUUAUCUGCUAAAUGAUUCCCAAAGUAAACAUGACAUGAAAUCAUGUUGAUCUAGAUCAGGGAUCUCCAACCUUUUGGAGACCAUGAGCUACUUUUACACAAUAAAAGUACAGAAAAGCUACGAUUUAUUCACAUUGAUACUUGCCAUGUGUGAAUGUGCUUACUAUGUUAAAAAAUGCUAUACUUGCUAUAUUAACAUGCAUUGUUUUCACAAGCUGCUUUCUCUGUAUUUCUAUACAUCAAUGUUGUAAACAUUGUAAGAGGAAAAUAGUCCAUUACAAGUUGGGUGGGAUGGCUCGCUGGCUGCUUCCAUGCAAGGGACUUCAAGUGCACCACGAGCUACCGUGUUGGAGACCCCCUGAUCUAGAUGCAUGUGCAACAUCACAUAAACCACAUAGCAUUUUAGCUAAAUCAACCACAACUAGCUCAGUUCAUACACAAACCCAAAUUAGGUUUAAACCAUAAAAUGUAUUGCUUUCAAAACAAAUCAUAAUGCACAUAUGUUGUUUUAAUGAUAAACAAUAUUACUUAUAGAUGAUUCAGUUUAGCAACUUGUAAAAUAAUAAAUGGCAACAGAUUAAUACAGGUGUGCCUGCCUCUGGGUAAUAAUAACUGUAUAUGUAUAUCGCCUUUAAACAAAGCGCUGCACAGCAUACCACAAUGUAAAACAACAGCAUCAGCCAUAGUCAAAUGGAGUAAAACAUUAAAAUCAAAGAUGAAAUAAGAACAUGCUAAAAUAAGAAGUUAAGUUAAACUGCCUAAAAAGUGAUCAAUCCUUAAAAGCUUUAGUAAAAAGGUUGUUUUAAACACUUCCACCGAGCAUGCUUGUCUGAAAUCCUGUGACAGAUCAUUCCAGAGUGAUGGAGCACGAAAAGCAAAGGUAGAUGAUGAAGAAGGAAAUACACAUAAAAACCACUAGAGGCAAAACAUAAAAAUAGAAAAUAGUUCAUUCCGUCAGAACAUCUUUCUUUGGCCAUUUUGACACGCGCACGCACACACACACACACACACACACACACACACACACACACACACACACACACGUACACACACACACACAGCCAGCUGACUCCUCCUUUCCACUAGACAUGUGAACAACGUGUAAUCUAAUAGAGGCGUUAUAUUCACGAGCUCCCUCAAGUGUUUCAGUGUUAGCAUUCUACACAGCUGGUCCUGCAAGGUCACAAAAUCAGAAUUGCAAGUACAAGCGUGAUUUCGGAAGUUCACGAAAUAACAAGGAGAAAGGCAUGUAUUCAAAAAAGUCUAUUUUCUAUUCUGUUUCCGUUGGCUAUGAAGGUUUCACAGGAAAUGACGUACGUUUCAUAGUUAAGCAGCUGGAAAUCUGCACUUGACUUUUAUUUUGAAAGUUUCCAAAUGGUAUACACUGAUUUUGUGUUUAACUUCCUGUCUGGCCGGCCCAAUCUAAAGUGCAGAGUUUGACGUGUUCUGGAAGCGUAACAAGUAAAACAUAGACAAGGAAAACUAAAGCAACACAUACUUUUGGUUCUGGGAAACGUACAAAACAUCACACUUCGCAGCCAGUGGAAAGGAACCCGUUCACUGUAAUGGUGGCUAAUUUGCUGUGAAGACGGUUUUCGAAACGCUUUGCAUCCAGUGGAAAAGAGGGGUGAGAAGGAAAGAUGUUUCAAUUGAACCAUCUUUCCAACAAGACAGACUGUUUAAUUUUUAUUUCACUAUCAAAUUCUCACAUAAUGAACCUUUAAUCAUGUUUUUUAUGACAGUUUUUCUGGACUCCUUUCUCUUCUGUGCAUUUUCAUAGUAAAUUAGCUUCGUUAGUACAGCAGCUAAAGGACAAUUUCAAGGAUUCUGUGACUUUAAGCUGAAUGCCAAGGUGUUUGUGUUGUAGGCAUGUUUCCUAAUUAGUGCACCUCAAAAGACACAAUAUCUUCAAGUUGUGGCAUUUAAGCUAGAGACAGUGUGUAGCCAAGCUCAGAAACCGCACACAAAACAUGGAAAGCAGGUCAGAAAAAAUGAUUUAUCAGCACAGCUUUGUUUAUCAUUUCAUUUAUAAAGUUACUGCAUGAUACAUUCUACUAACUACAAAACAUGACACUUUCUUGAUUGAUGUUGUAACGUCUGCAAUGUACUUUGUGUACACAGUACAAAUGUCUGCGCACCUGCAAGAGUCGGAAGUGUGAACAAAUAAAUAAACCUUUGUUUUUGCUCCAGUUUUUCAUGAGCUCAACUCACAGAUCUGAAACGUUUUCUAUCUGCACAAAAUACCUCUAUUAUUCUCUAGUAUUGUUGACAAAUCUGUCUAAAUAGUGAGCAUUUUCUUUUUGCUGAGAUAACCCAUCCCACCUUACGGGCGUGGCACAUCAAGGUGCUGAUUAGAGAGCAGGGAUUUUUCACAGGUGUGCUGGCAGUUUGAUCACGCAGCACAAUGUCAUAGAAGGACCUGUUUUAUUGUGUCAAAUAUGCAGAGAAUAAAAAUAAAACAUGACUGUUUCUUUAACUUUCACAAAUAAAACAAUGGUUUAUAUAACUAUAUUCUAAUGACUCUGUAUUCAGUGUAAAGUCCUGUAGUGUGGAUCUGAAUAGUCUAAUAUUGUAAUUUUUGAACUAAAGGAGAUCAAAAAUAAAUGGUAAAUGGCCUGUAUUUGAUAUAGCGCCUUCUGGAGUCAUGGAACCCCCCAAGGCGCUUUACAACACAAUCAGUCAUUCACCCAUUCACACACACAUUCACACCCUGGUGGGGAUGAACUACAAUGUAGCCACAGCUGCCCUGGGGCGCGCUGACAGAGGCGAGGCUGCCGAGCACUGGCGCCACUGGUCCCUCCGACCACCACCAGCAGGCAAGGUGGGUUAAGUGUCUUGCCCAAGGACACAACGACAGCGACAGACUGAGCGGAGCUCGAACCAGCAACCUUCUGAUUACGAGGCAAGCACUUAACUAAGUGGAAUUGCCCUUUAUCUAAAGUUAGUCUACAGAAUACAACCCUACACCCCUUAGGAGCCAGUCUCUUGUUGCUCUUCUGAUCCUCGUGUCACAUUCCUCACCUGGACCACAGUACGCCACUUCUCACUCUUUACACACACAAAAAAUGAUGAUUCAUUUUUACUUUAAUUUGCAAAUUGGCCAAAAUAGUUUAUAAUUUUAAAAAAUGGGGAGGUUUCUGCUGAUUUCUGAGCUCUUGUGAUCACCUCAGACUGACUCAAACAGAAGCAAAAGGAUUCACACCUUCUGUACGUCAGCAGACAGCACACCUAAGUGUUGUUCACACUCUGAGGCGUGAGCGGCUAGCAAACCCACUGAGGAUUAAAGUGCUGGACACCAACUUGUCUGGCAUAACAAUGCCACAGAAGGCAGAUGAAAAUGUGCUUGAUUUGAUAAUCUGUCUUUAUUCUGGGCUGCAGACUUGUGUGUGCUCCAGGAAAGGGUGUGUUCCUGCAGCCGCUUGGAGCUCCGAUUUUGGAGAGUAGUCCAGAUUUGAAGUGAACCAGAAGUCAUGUGGGGUUUCCUGGUUGCAGUCCUGCUUCUAAGAAACGUUGCAUCUGAAAUCCAACCAGGAAAGUCUCCAAACAGCUCACCUCUGCAGGCCAAUCCCACUGAGCCAACACCAGGACCAGACCAAGUGUCACAAGUUCACAUCGAACCCACUAGAGAUGGAAACUCAACCACCAAAGAAGAGAACACAGAAAACGUUAAAAGUGACCCAGUAAUAGAUCCUGAAAAAAAUCAUAAAUCUCGCACUGACAUUUUAGGAAACACAGGGGAUCCAGAAGUUGUGUCACAUGGAAUUGAUAACAGCCUGCAAGGAAAUCAUGUAUCUGAGAAUCCAACAGCAAUGAUCUUGAAUGAACCUCACAUUUCAUCCUUCACUCUUAUUUCAGACCCUACCCCAGAGUCAGAGCUUCUAGUCUCAGGUGAGCUCCCAUCAUCUAAGGGUGGGGGAGACAUCAGAAAUGGGAGAGUGGAGGCAUUAUCAGCAGCAGUUACAUUUCAACCUCUAUCAGUGAUUACUCCAUCACUCAAAGCUUUCAGAGGAGAACCGGAGGAGGAAACUGCAUCAGAGGACUCUUCUGAUCAAACCCCAAAACUGAGAACUACUACAUCACAAAGUAAAGAAGCCCUAAACACCUGUGGCUUUAGGAAUGAAACACAUAACGUGUCCGGCUGUGAAACACUAGAAAAAGAGAAAAUAGAAGAUGUGAGGAAAGGUGUUUCACUGAAAGAGACAGCAAUUCUUCCACAGGAGAGGCAAAAGAGCAGGACAGUGAAGGGUGAUUUAGGAAUGGAAGAGAAAGAAACAAGACACACAGUGAUGAAGGAAAGAAAUGAUAAUAAAUCCUCGUCUGAUUUAAUGUUCCACGGCAAUGACUUCAUCCGGUCGCAGAACGAAGAAACACAACAGGCUGUCAAAGCGAACAGUCACCCACUGAUAUACAGACUCCAACACCCAGAGACAAGACCAAUUCCUGGAAUCAGAGGUCCGAGGGGUUCCCCGGGGCUACCAGGACCACCUGGAUCUAAAGGAGAUAAAGGCUACCAGGGUGUCAUGGGCAGAACUGGGCACACAGGAUACGCAGGUCCCAUUGGUCCUCCUGGGAUGCCUGCCAUCGUUGUAUUCAAAACCAACGAAGAAGAAUGGGAAGCCUUUAAGAAAAAGAAAAUCUAUAAAAAGCUGGUUUCUUCCUGGCCAAAACGCAAAGGCCCCCCAGGCCCUCCUGGACCUCCUGGAGGAAUUGGACCAGUUGGACUACCUGGAAUUCCCGGAAAGCAAGGACCCAAAGGACAUGAAGGGAUAAUAGGCAGACCCGGACCACAAGGAAUGCCGGGUCUUCAGGGUCAACCCGGAGGAGAAGGGACCCCAGGACAAGCAGCAGAACCAGGACCUCUGGGCUUACCCGGAGAACAGGGUCCUAAAGGCUACAGAGGAGAGAGAGGCAUCAAAGGGGAGCUGGGUGAGUGGGGUUAUCAGGGAGAGGCAGGAGCACAGGGAAGAAGAGGACAAAAAGGUGAAAAGGGAAACAAAGGAGUCAGAGGCUUUGACGGCCUCCCUGGGUACAUUGGGCUGCCUGGAGCCAGGGGUCCACGUGGUUUCCCAGGAACAUCCGGACCUGUGGGAGAGCUUGGUUCUAUUGGCUUCAGUGGUCCCCCCGGUCCCCCUGGUACAAUUGGUCCUAAAGGAGUAAAAGGAGUCUUAGGAGUUAAAGGGCCUCCAGGUCAUCAAGGUAAAAUGGGCUCUAGAGGAGCCUUUGGACCACAGGGAGAGCCUGGUCCAGGUGGAGCAGCUGGAGUUUCUGGUGUCCGCGGCCCUCAGGGAAACCCUGGACCAAGUGGACCUCCAGGUUCUAAAGGGGAUCCUGGUGAUACAGGAGAUGAGGGGGACAUUGGUGAGCCAGGACCUCCUGGACUAAAUGGAGCUGCAGGACAAGCAGGAAAGCCAGGACCCUCAGGUGAUCCUGGAUUUAAAUCCAGGAGGGGUGAGAAAGGGAAUCUCGGGGUUACGGGGGAUCCAGGACCUCUGGGACCUCCUGGAAAGCCAGGAUUUAAGGGCCGUCCAGGCCAAACAGGACUACAAGGACUGGGAGGACCAACAGGACCAGCAGGACUUCCAGGACCCAUUGGGCCUGAAGGCAUCAUGGGGGAGCCUGGGAGGCAGGGGAGAGAAGGUCUUAAGGGGGAUCGCGGACAAACUGGUAUUCAAGGACUUCCUGGGACUCAAGGCAUCAAGGGUCGAGAAGGCCAAGUGGGAUUUUCUGGGGUGCCUGGUCCUGUUGGUGAGAUGGGGAAAUCAGGAGACAAAGGAGCAGAAGGAGGGCCUGGUAUCAAGGGAAGAGUUGGAGGUCCAGGAGUCCCAGGGUCCAAAGGGCUAAAGGGUUUACAAGGACAUGCAGGCAUCAGAGGACAGGAUGGUGCUUUUGGAGCCCCGGGGCUGGCUGGUGCAAAUGGGACAACUGGCGAUACUGGACCUCCAGGAACUAAAGGAUUUCCUGGUAAAACAGGGUUUGCAGGCAUCCAGGGACCUGUAGGAAGGAGUGGAGAACCUGGCAGUGCUGGACUUAAAGGGACUCCUGGAAAACCUGGAGACAGAGGUUUUAAAGGUCAACUGGGCCCCAGUGGACUUGGGGGAAGUGAAGGGUUAAAGGGUAAAAAAGGUGAGGAAGGACUAAGAGGAAAACAAGGCCCACCAGGUGAGGUCGGUGCACCGGGACCAAAAGGAUACAAAGGACUUCUCGGUCUUCAGGGUAAUAUUGGACCUUGGGGGGAAGUUGGGCCACCUGGUUCUCCAGGUGCUAGAGGACUUCAAGGCCCAACUGGACCUCAUGGAGUCUCGGGGUAUCCUGGUGUUGAUGGACCUCUAGGACCAAAUGGAUCAGCUGGUCUGAAAGGAGACAAGGGAUCCAAGGGAUCUGCGGGUUUGAAGGGAGCUGCUGGUCUCGAUGGUGAGGAGGGCCAAGUAGGAAUCAGGGGACUUAAAGGGCCAAAGGGUCAAAAAGGCAAACCAGGCGAUAAAGGAAAUGUUGAAGCUUCUGGGCAGAAAGGAACAAAAGGAGCUGAAGGUGAGAGAGGAAACCAAGGACCACGGGGACGAAUAGGACCACCAGGAAAACAGGGGUACAGAGGUGCUCCAGGAGACAGAGGGGAACUGGGGCUUCCAGGGUUAAAGGGUGGAUCCGGCAUCAAUGGUUCACCUGGCAUGCCUGGCCAGUUUGGGUCUGGGGGUGGUACUGGGCCAGCUGGAGCCAAGGGGCAAAAAGGGCUGUACGGACUGAUAGGCCCUCCUGGAGUUAUCGGUCCCUCUGGAGAUGUUGGACCAUCAUUGUCUGGUUUGCCAGGCAAGAGAGGUGAUGAGGGCAAAUUAGGAGAUCCUGGACCAAAGGGCAGUCAUGGUGAGAAAGGCGUAACUGGUGCUUCAGGCAUAAAAGGGGACGUGGGUGUAAAAGGCCAAAGAGGAGCAACGGGUGAAAAUGGGGCACACGGAACAGUGGGAUCAGUGGGAAUGGUGGGCGUCACUGGUCCCCCAGGUGCUAGAGGUUUACAUGGACCCGUAGGUCCUCCUGGUUCACCAGGAAGUAAAGGAUACCAGGGGGCGAAGGGAGAUAAAGGCCAGCCUGGAAAGAAAGGAUUCAAAGGAACUGAUGGAAGUAUUGGAGCUGAUGGCCAAUCAGGGAGGCCAGGACCUCCUGGACUUCCUGGAAAACCAGCAAGGUUUGAGUGGGUUGGAUGGUUUGCUAGGGGUUCCGGGUAAUGAAGGCUACCCAGGUGAAACUGGUUUCAAAGGAGCUCCAGGGAGAGCAGGAAGACUUGGUCAGAAGGGAAAACCUGGACUCCCUGGAAAAGAAGGACACACUGGAGUAACAGGACUG